GGAUUUUAUGGGCGGAUCUGCGCCUCCAUGGCUCUGGUGUCACACCUUUUCCAGCCAGCUGUGGAUGAUGAAGAGCCCCACAGUUACAGCCCUGACCUAUCACUAACCUCCAAGCGACGGUAUUAAGUGAAAGGGGAGAAGAAGAAUUACCCAGCAGAUAAUUUCAGCAUCCUUAAUUGGCUAGUGCUUGACAGUGUGUUUGAACAAAUGCAGGUUCCUCACUGGGCAUGCUCCAUAUGAUCUAACAGAGGAGCUGCUAGGCACGGUGUGGAGAACAGGCAGUUUGGGCGUUUUUUAGGAGCUCUGCCACCCUCUUAUCUCAGCUGGGUUUGUUUCACAUCCACGCAGCGCAGACUGAUAUUGUUUGUUCCUUUUCCUCACGUAGACUGUGAAUGUCUUAGUCUUUGCGCGCAACAAAGCAUGAAUGAAAGGGAAAGUCAGGUGUCUGAGCAGGAGCGCAUCUCGUCGCUGAGACAAAGAGACAGACCUGCGAUGUGUCGUUAAACACGGAGCGGAGCUGAGCGUCGGUGUGAAGGAGGUGAGUGCGGAGCAGGAGGAGCAGUGUGCUCCAGGAGGCUCCGGACGGACGGACAGGCGCUGUCCGAUCAGCACCACCGCAGUCACCUUGCAGUGAAAGUCACAAACCUGCUUAGAACUGAUCUGAUCAAUUACUGCAACCUGGGAAGUCCCAUGAGCUGGAUUUGUUCUUCUGACGGGGGGAAAAAUUGCCAGCGUUUGUGCUUUUAUCACGACAUCUUGGAUUUACCGAUGAUGUGACGUCCAUUCUUAAUGUGAUGCCAUUGGCUGUAAUCAUUUUGGAUUUCGAUUUUAUUCCCUCCAGUGGGUCUGGCAGCUAUAAACGUUUAUGAGCCGCAGUUGAAUGGCAGGUGCUUGUAGACAAAUACAGGGUAGUCGGGUUUAAAGGGAAUGUAGCCGGAUGCGCUUAAAGCAGUGCUGAUUUCUUUCAUAGUUGGUAAGAAACGACAGGUUGCUUUGUGCGUUGGUUUCUUAUGUAAUUGUUUCCUUCAGUCUCCCUGUGUGAUCAUUGCUGUGCAUGGUUGCACGGUGUGUCUAGACUUACCUUUGCGAUGAAGGGAACUUAUUGGAGAAAUGCCUAAGGGACGCAAUGGGCCUGAGCGACGACAAGGAUCGCAUUGUGAUAAACGUGGGAGGGAUCAGACAUCAGACAUACCGCAGCACCCUGCGCACCCUACCUGGCACUCGCUUGUCCUGGCUGGCCGAGCCUGAUGCACCCAACCACUUUGACUAUGAUGCCAAGAUCGAGGAAUUUUUCUUCGACCGCCACCCUGGCGUUUUUGCACAUAUCCUUAAUUACUACAGGACAGGUAAACUGCACUGCCCUGCUGAUGUCUGCGGGCCCCUCUAUGAGGAGGAACUGGCCUUCUGGGGCAUUGAUGAGACAGACGUGGAGCCAUGCUGCUGGAUGACCUAUCGUCAGCACCGGGAGGCAGAGGAGGCCCUUGAUAGUUUCGGCGGGGGGGGUCUGUUGGACCUGGGGAGCGAGGAUCCUGAGCCAGAGGUGGAGCAUGCUGAGGAUGAUGAUGAAAUGACACGAAGGCUGGCACAGGGAGACUGUCCUGACACCAGGAGUGGAAGCUUGUGGAGCAGGUGGCAAAGGCAUGUUUGGGCUCUGUUUGAGGACCCUUAUUCCUCUAAAUAUGCAAGGUGGGUGGCUCUUGCCUCGCUGUUCUUUAUUCUGGUGUCCAUCACCACCUUCUGUCUGGAGACCCAUGAGGCCUUCAACCCCAUUAUCAACCGCACUGAGACGGAGCUGGUGGACAACAUCACAGUGGAGCACACCUACCAAGAGACUGAGACUGCGGCCUACCUCACCUAUAUCGAAGGCGUUUGUGUGAUCUGGUUCACUUUUGAAUUUCUAAUGCGAAUAACUUUCUGUCCAAAUAAAUUUGACUUCAUUCGGAACGCCCUGAACAUCAUCGAUUUUGUGGCCAUCCUGCCCUUCUACCUGGAGGUGGGCCUCAGCGGGCUCUCCUCAAAGGCAGCUAAGGAUGUGCUGGGUUUCCUGAGAGUGGUCCGCUUUGUGCGGAUCCUGCGUAUCUUCAAGCUGACCCGUCACUUUGUGGGACUGAGGGUGCUGGGCCACACAUUGAGGGCCAGCACAAAUGAGUUCCUGCUCCUCAUCAUCUUCCUCGCUCUCGGUGUCCUCAUCUUUGCCACUAUGAUCUACUACGCUGAACGGAUUGGAGCUAACCCUAACGACCCUCGAGCCAGUGAGCACACACACUUCAAGAACAUCCCGAUUGGAUUCUGGUGGGCUGUGGUGACGAUGACGACUCUCGGCUAUGGAGACAUGUACCCUCAGACAACUUCUGGUAUGCUGGUUGGAGCCCUGUGCGCCCUGGCAGGUGUGCUGACCAUCGCCAUGCCUGUCCCUGUGAUUGUCAACAACUUUGGAAUGUAUUACUCCCUGGCCAUGGCAAAACAGAAACUACCAAAGAAAAAAAAUAGGCAUAUCCCACGAGCACCGCAGCCAGGCUCUCCAAACUUCUGUAAGUCAAGCAUCAUCAGCUCACAACAUCAGAGCCCUGUUCCCCAUGACGACGUUUUCGAGAUAAAGUUUCAAGAUUCCAAACUGAACGGCGAGGCAGCUAAUGCGGCUCUGGCAAACGAAGAUUGUCCUCAUAUAGACCAGGCCAUAUCUCCAGAGGAAAUCUUCAGCCCCAGCGAGAGAGAGCGGCCCUGCUUCCUGGUCACCACUGCUGAACGCCCCAACCACACAGGGGGCAGAGUGAGGAGGGGUUAUGAAAAGCCUUGGAGCCUUAACAGCAUGUCUGGCAUGAGCGGGGAUGCCUCUGGAGUGUCCUCAGUGUCCGCCCUGCCCUGCAGCCCACCCUGUCUAAUGCAGCACUCACAUUCUCCCAUCCCAUCCAUUAUGUAGCAUGGUUGAGUAGCAGACACAAUGCCAUUGGAAGGCCAGUCCACACUCCUUCUCUUAUCUUUCCUGUCAGAUUUUGCUUUUACACUUGCCUUUUGCUCCUGCUUUAUCAUUUUUAUUUUUUAUUUUUCUGGAAAACUGUAUCUUAUCUGUGCUAAUACUCAAACUUCCCAAGUGUUGUCCUUGGGUGUGUCAUCAUAUCCUAGACUAGAAAACAUUGGCACAUGCCACCCUGCAUGGGUCACUUCAGUUGCAGACAAAGCACUGUUCUACUUUUACCACAGGCUAACCCCACUUUUUCCUUGUGUUUACAUCAUUGCCUGUUGCUCUGUUGCUUUUGAUCUCAUAUACUAUUCUGCUAAUAACUUUUAUCUCAUCUGCUUUUUACUAUUUUGUGAAAUAAUUUUUCAUAAGAUGUAACCCUGCUGAUAAUAUGCUGGACAUGAAUAAUACAUGGCUUUUAAACAUAUCCAAAAGGUACCAUUGCCAGCUGUUAAGGGAACUCCUCUUAAGUGCUUUGUACGUUGCAAAGUAGAGACGUUAUCAUUCUGAAAGUGCAAUCCAGACAAGACUCAAUGUUAUCCGAGUGGCCAUUAAAAAAAAUUGAACAUGAUGUUCAUGAUGUCCAAUGCAAUAUGGAGAUGAUGACAAUUCCUAUGAUACUAGUGAUGAAUUCAUUUAAUGUCAAAAGAACUAAAACUGUUCAUUUGCAUGAACUGCAUGAGAAAUUAUGUUCAACACAAAGCUAACUGUAUCGCAGUACUUGUAAGAAAAAAAGUUUUCUUUCAAAAGCUUCUUAAAGCUUUGUCAUUUUUUAUGCAUUUUGAGACAGCUUUAUAAGAGACUCAGUCAUAGCAAGAUUUUUUAUGUAGCUGCCAUUCUUUGCCUUUCCCCAAAUUCAUAGAUUUAUUUUCUUGUAUUUAUUUGACUGGGGCCUCCAACAAAAAUAGUGUGAUUUAACUUGAAGAACCUGUUAUAAAGCCAACUAAUGCUGUUAUGAGCAUAAAUAGUUUUUAUACAAAUAUAUUUACUGGUAGUUUUUAGACAGUAUCUGUAGUCUGCAGCACUUCUGUUACUGCUGUUAUGCCUAAAUUAAGGCAAGACUCUAUCAAACAACGGUGCCUUCAUACCUGGUGAGGCAAAGUAAAAAUGCAUAAUAAAUUGAUAUUUAUGAUAAAAAAAAGUGCUCCCUGUGUAGCAUCAACACACUUUAUACCAUGCUCAUAACAGUGUAACGAAAGCUUUAUUUUUUAAGGUGCACCUCACACACUUUGCACCGCCCUUGUACCCUUAGCCACAGUAAAACUGCCCUUUUGGUUAUUAUUGUAACACCAUAGACAUCAAACAUUGCUCCAUGAAAAAAAUAAUACUAAACAGUCCCCAUCUCAAGAAUCUUUUUGUAUGAUUAAGCACAAAAUAUUAUCAAAGGGGACCAGAUAAGCAAGUCUUUGGAGCCAAAAUAUAUCAAGUUAUGAUCAACCAGAGAUGUCAUGAUGACUCUUGCAGUAUGUAUGUCUAUUGAUUUAAAACAUCAAUACUGUUACUGUUACAUGUAUUGAUACUGUCCCAAUAAUUAUGCACAAUUGUUUCAGGGCACUUUAACAAAUUUUAUGUUGACCAAUCAAAAAUGUUAAGUUCUAGAAAAAAAAUAUAGCAACUCAUCUAAGUUUUUGUUUUUGUUCUGAAUGAGCAGAGUUUUACAUUUCUAGUCAUGUCUCUUGUGGUAAUUAAUGGACGUUAUAUAUUUCAAAAAAAAAAAAAAAAAACUUGUGAAGAUUUGAUGUGAAGAGAUGCAGGUGAACUAUAUGCUCAUGCAAUUCAAGUGAAAAAAAAAGUACAAAACACAGUAUGGGAUGUGGGUCUACUUGGGGAAAGGUAAAUGCAUGUAUUUUACAUUUAUGCAACAGAAAAGUAUUCAAAUAAAAUAUGUAAAUAUAAGUCCUUGCAUGAAAUAAAUUUUAUACACAA